GCGAACCCAAGAUGGCGGUGUGUGGACGUGUACGGAGGAUGUUUCGCUUGUCGGCGGCAUUGCCGCUGUUGCUGCUAGCUGCAGCCGGGGCCCAGAACGGCCACGGCCAGGGCCAGGGUCUGGGGGCCAAUUUUGCAUCUUUGCUAGGGCAAGCUGGAGGCGGCAGCCCGGCGGGGCAGCAGCAGCCUCAGCUGUCUCAGUUAUCGCAGCAGCAGCAGCAGCCUCAGCCGCCUCAGCAGCAGCAGCAGCAGCAACAGCAGCCUCCGUUCCCGGCGGGCGGGCCCCCGGCCCGGCGGGGUGGAGCGGGGCCCGGUGGGACUGGCGGAGGCUGGAAGCUGGCGGAGGAAGAGUCCUGCAGGGAAGACGUGACCCGUGUGUGCCCCAAACACACCUGGAGCAACAACCUGGCGGUGCUCGAGUGCCUGCAGGACGUGCGGGAGCCUGAGAAUGAAAUUUCUUCAGACUGCAAUCAUUUGUUGUGGAAUUACAAGCUUAACCUGACUACUGAUCCCAAAUUUGAAUCUGUGGCCAGAGAGGUUUGCAAGUCAACUAUAUCAGAGAUUAAAGAAUGUGCUGAAGAACCAGUUGGUAAAGGUUACAUGGUUUCCUGCUUGGUGGAUCACCGAGGCAACAUAACUGAGUAUCAAUGUCACCAGUACAUUACCAAAAUGACAGCUAUCAUUUUCAGUGAUUACCGUUUGAUUUGUGGCUUCAUGGAUGACUGCAAAACUGAUAUCAACAUUUUGAAAUGUGGCAGUAUCCGGCUGGGUGAAAAGGAUGCACAUUCACAAGGUGAGGUGGUAUCGUGUUUGGAAAAAGGCCUGGUGAAAGAAGCAGAAGAAAAAGAGCCGAAGAUUCAAGUCUCUGAACUCUGCAAGAAAGCCAUUCUCCGGGUGGCUGAGCUGUCCUCGGAUGACUUUCAUUUAGACCGUCAUUUGUAUUUUGCUUGCCGAGAUGAUCGGGAGCGCUUUUGUGAAAAUACACAAGCUGGGGAAGGAAGAGUGUAUAAAUGUCUUUUUAACCAUAAAUUUGAAGAAUCCAUGAGUGAAAAGUGUAGAGAAGCACUAACUACACGCCAAAAGCUCAUUGCCCAGGAUUAUAAAGUCAGUUAUUCACUGGCCAAAUCCUGUAAGAGUGACUUGAAGAAAUACCGGUGCAAUGUGGAAAACCUUCCUCGGUCCCGGGAAGCCAGGCUCUCCUACCUUCUGAUGUGCCUGGAGUCAGCUGUGCACAGAGGGCGACAGGUGAGCAGUGAGUGCCAAGGGGAGAUGUUGGAUUAUCGACGCAUGCUGAUGGAAGAUUUCUCUCUGAGUCCUGAGAUCAUCCUGAGCUGCCGAGGGGAGAUUGAACACCACUGUUCUGGACUCCAUCGAAAAGGGCGAACCCUCCACUGUCUGAUGAAAGUAGUGCGGGGUGAAAAGGGGAACCUUGGAAUGAACUGCCAGCAGGCGCUUCAGACACUGAUUCAGGAGACUGACCCUGGUGCCGAUUACCGCAUUGAUCGAGCUUUGAAUGAAGCCUGUGAAUCUGUAAUACAGACAGCCUGCAAACACAUACGAUCUGGAGACCCAAUGAUUCUUUCGUGUCUGAUGGAACAUUUAUACACAGAGAAAAUGGUGGAAGACUGUGAACACCGUCUCUUAGAGCUGCAGUAUUUUAUCUCUCGGGAUUGGAAGUUGGACCCUGUUUUAUACCGGAAAUGCCAGGGGGAUGCUUCUCGCCUUUGCCAUACCCAUGGUUGGAAUGAAACCAGUGAACUUAUGCCUCCUGGAGCUGUGUUUUCUUGCUUAUACAGACAUGCCUACCGUACAGAAGAACAAGGAAGGAGGCUUUCACGAGAAUGCCGAGCUGAAGUACAGAGGAUCCUACAUCAGCGUGCCAUGGAUGUUAAGCUGGAUCCUGCCCUCCAGGAUAAGUGCCUGAUAGACCUUGGGAAAUGGUGCAGUGAGAAAACAGAGACCGGGCAGGAGCUUGAAUGCCUCCAGGACCAUCUUGAUGACUUAGCUGUGGAAUGCAGAGACAUAGUGGGCAACCUCACCGAGUUAGAGUCUGAGGAUAUCCAAAUAGAAGCCUUGCUGAUGAGAGCCUGUGAGCCUAUAAUUCAGAACUUUUGUCAUGAUGUGGCAGACAACCAGAUAGAUUCUGGGGACCUGAUGGAGUGUCUGAUACAGAACAAACACCAGAAGGACAUGAAUGAGAAGUGCGCCAUUGGAGUCACUCACUUCCAGCUGGUGCAGAUGAAGGAUUUCCGAUUUUCUUACAAGUUCAAAAUGGCCUGCAAGGAGGAUGUGUUAAAACUUUGUCCCAACAUAAAAAAGAAGGUUGAUGUAGUGAUCUGCCUGAGCACCACUGUGCGCAACGACACUCUGCAGGAAGUCAAGGAGCACCGGGUAUCACUGAAGUGCCGCAAGCAGCUCCGAGUGGAGGAGCUGGAGAUGACGGAGGACAUUCGUUUGGAACCAGAUCUGUAUGAAGCCUGCAAGAGUGACAUCAAGAGCUACUGUUCUACAGUACAGUAUGGAAAUGCUCAGAUUAUUGAAUGUCUGAAGGAAAACAAGAAGCAGCUGAGUACCCGUUGCCACCAGAAAGUAUUUAAGCUUCAGGAGACAGAGAUGAUGGACCCAGAACUAGACUAUACACUCAUGCGAGUCUGCAAGCAGAUGAUUAAGCGGUUCUGUCCAGAAGCAGAUUCCAAAACCAUGUUACAGUGCUUGAAGCAAAAUAAAAACAGUGAAUUGAUGGAUCCCAAAUGCAAACAAAUGAUAACCAAGCGCCAGAUCACCCAGAACACAGAUUACCGCUUAAACCCCGUGCUAAGAAAAGCCUGCAAAGCUGACAUUCCUAAAUUCUGUCAUGGUAUCCUGACCAAGGCAAAGGAUGAUUCGGAGCUGGAAGGUCAAGUCAUCUCAUGCCUCAAGCUGAGAUACGCUGACCAGCGCCUGUCUUCAGACUGUGAGGACCAGAUCCGCAUCAUCAUCCAGGAGUCCGCUCUAGAUUACCGUCUGGACCCUCAGCUCCAGCUGCACUGUUCAGAUGAGAUUGCCAACCUGUGUGCUGAAGAAGCAGCAGCCCAGGAACAAACAGGCCAAGUGGAGGAAUGCCUCAAGGUUAACCUGCUCAAGAUCAAGACAGAGCUGUGUAAGAAGGAAGUGUUAAACAUGUUGAAGGAGAGCAAAGCAGACAUUUUUGUGGACCCAGUUCUUCACACAGCAUGUGCCUUGGACAUUAAACACCACUGUGCAGCCAUCACCCCUGGCCGAGGGCGUCAGAUGUCCUGCCUAAUGGAGGCCUUGGAAGAUAAGCGGGUGAGGUUACAGCCAGAGUGCAAAAAGCGCCUCAAUGACCGAAUUGAAAUGUGGAGUUAUGCCGCCAAGGUGGCCCCAGCAGAUGGCUUCUCUGAUCUUGCCAUGCAAGUGAUGACCUCCCCCUCAAAGAACUACAUCCUGUCUGUGAUCAGCGGGAGCAUCUGCAUACUGUUCCUGAUCGGCCUGAUGUGUGGGCGGAUCACGAAGCGCGUGACACGAGAGCUCAAGGACAGGUAGAGCCGCCUGGCCAUCAAGGAACUACCUGCCCAGGGCCCAGUUUGUACAGCCUCCUGUAUAGUGCACCCUCUCACUUCGUCCUCUACGAGGUGGCACCAACACCCACAGUAGAGCAGCAUCAGGUGCCCACUGCAUCUUCCCAUCCAGACUUGACCACAUCCGCGGUGUCCUCCUCCUCCCAGUUGCCGUUGCAGCAUUGGCAGCUGGCUGCUUUGGUGGUAGCCUUUGUUGGCGAAGGGUUUACCUGCCUGUAGACAAUUCUGUCAUACCAACAGACCUGCCAGUACUUCCAGAACCGACUCACCUGACCUGCAACUCAGAGUUUUUUAAAAACGAAACAAACAAAAAAAAAAGACAAAAAAGAUGUAAAGAAAGGAAAAAGUGUGUAUAUAUUAGCCCAUCUCCUUCAGUCUUGACUCGAGCAGUAGGGCUAUUUCCGUCACGGAAAUACAGCAGGUGACAGCAGGACUCGGAGGAGGUGUGCAUAGCAUUGAAAUGUCUGGUUCCUCUCCUAGAAGCAACUUUGAGCCACAUCAAGGCAGGGGACUUCACCAAGUAGAGGGGAGACUAAGCAGCCUGCCCUGGGUCCUGUUUGCCUCUGCUGCAGUGUGAUGCCUUCCAUCUCCUGCCCCAAAUGAACCACUGCUGUCCACAGCCCCAUAGCAACAGGCAUUCCUGUGGUCUCCCCACUUUAGUGCAGAGGCACGGCCAGUGGACUAGGGAGGGAGCCGAAGUCUGUGCAGCAGGGUGUCCCUGAUCUGCACGAAGGCCUGUACUUGAGUCUGGGGUUGCCCUCGAAGUUCUCUACCUCAACAGGAAGUCGUUACUGGUUGGGGUGUGGGACUUCCGAGAUGGGGAUGACAGGGCCGUGUAAGGAGGGACAGAUGGUAGAAACACUUCACUUCAUCAUUUGGGCUACAGUACAGGCCAGAAGUGGUGGCUUCUAAAGACUGAGCAUGGUCUCGAACGUGUGACUGGCAGUGAAGCCAGGCAGACUUCCCAGACAAGCUCUUUUGUGCCUCUAUCUGAAGGGAGGUGGAAAGUGAUGAUGGCAUUAAACAUGGAGGAUUUUCUCAGUUUGUUUUUCCUUCCUUUUUCUUUCACUCAUUUGCUGUCUGUACUUACUCUAGUAGGCACUGGCUAAAUGUUAUAUUUUGGUGAUUUGUCUACUUUCAAUAAUCUGAGCUUUACAGGAGCAAGGUUCCCAGCCAUUUUUCCUCAUUCCUCCAAUGUGGAAUGACAGGGUUAGGGCCGAAGAGGGAGGAACCCAGGCAUUGCAUCCCCUAGAGUUGGGCCAUGGUGUCACAGUGGCUGUCCGGAGGGUGGCAUGUACAGUAGGAGAUAUAUUUAUAUAAUAUAUAUUUUAUUAACCUGUUAGAUGUCCACAAAGUAUUAUAAAUCAUGUGCCUAAAACUGUCCACUUGACCCAGGCCCCUUGGCGGUGCCCUGUCCGCUCCUGGCUCCCAUUUAGACCUACAAGUGCUGCCACACCCGAGUGCCGCCCUCCCUGAGGUGAGUUCAGUGCGAGCUGUGGCAGUUACAGAUCAGCUGCUCCAAAUCACUCCUGGUCUGACCCGACUGACACACAUUUGAAUUCUGUGGUUUUCUUUUCCGCUCCCUUUUCUCGUGGCAGUGAGUUCCAGGCCUGCUUAGGGUUAUAGAAGUCACAAGGGAGUUGCUUGCCGAGCUACCUGGUCCCCUCAGUGCUGCUUUAAGAGUCUCCUGAUUCUCUGCAGCUGUCUUGGGAUUCUUAAGUUUGAUGAGACUUAAAAUCCCUGCUCACUGGCUUAAAGCUCCUCCCUCCCCCCAGAGUCUCAGUGUCACACUGGACUGAUACCCAAUGCAAACAUUGUUGAAAGCAGCCCUGAUGCCCUGUGAUGCAGGGUCACAUUGAUGUUCUCCAGUAGGCUAGGGCUGGGGCCUGCUUCUAGCAUGUCAUGGUGUUUCUGACAGGAAUCCUCAUUGCCUGUAGAUUGGGAGGUUGGAUGAGUUAGGUUCUUAAAAUGUUUGUCAUUAGCCGGGCAGUGGUAGUGUACGCCUUUAAUCCCAGCACUCAGGAAGCAAAGGCAGGACGAUCUCUGAGUUCAAGGCCAGCCUGGUCUUAUGAGUGAGUUCCAGAACAGCCAGGGAAACCCUGUCUCGGAAAAGAAAAAUAAAUGUGAUUAAAAAUGGUCAGAAUAGAAAAGAUAGCUAUUAGUGUCUUGAAUUGCUUAGUACAAGGAAGUGUUCAUCUUCCUUGGAGUAGCUCUUACUGCUGGCUCUUGUGGUAGGCCUGGUCUUGAGCGGGUUUUUCUAGUCUAUGUGUACAGGGCCCAGUGUGUCCAUUCUGUAGUUGUGGGCAUAGGAGAGUGGGCUCUAGGCACUCAAGCCCCUGCUCAUAAGUCAGUCGUGGUUUAAAUUAGCUAGUCAAGAGCCCUGACCCCACAGGGGGGAGCAAAAGUCUGAGCCAGGGAGUUUGGACCAAGGCUUCAGCAGCCAGGUCACUGUGGUCUACUUUGCCGGCUCAAGCCCGUGACUUGGGGACUGUUAGCGCUCCACUGCUACCCUUUGCUGCUUCAGAGAACCAGAGCCCUGGCCAGGGCCUCUGUGGACCGUGAGUCCAGAACCAAACUAACCCCUCCUCUCUGAUGGGCUUUCCCAGUGAAGGAACACCUCAGGACAAAGACAUUUAUUUAGCAGGGUGCAUCCCUGGCCUUGAUUGCUGUUGCUGCUGUCAGAAGUCUGACCCUGGGAAAGUCUUCCCAUUCCCAGAGAGCAUCUGGCUACCAUUUCCAGUCCUGGUUCUGUGAGUCAAGUCAGCAUGCUGAGCCAGUGCACCCGUAGGUAGGGGCACUCCAGGGCCAUUGAUGAAGUGGUGGUAUUUAGUGGUCAGGCAGUAACAGCCCGUUACAGGUACCAUGACUGCCAUCUCCUGCUCUUAGGUAAGAGAAUCCAGGCCAGCCUGGGUCAGAAUGUAUGAGGAAGAGUCAGUCAGUUCACUGUCGCAGAUGAAGCGACAGAAAGUUGUUAUCCAACAUUAUGUCUUCCUGUCUCCUGAAGUCAACUGACAGGGAACACGCUAGGUCAGGGUUGUGAGAUCAGUGCCCUCAGCCUUACUGAGAGAGCAUUCACUCAUGAAUCAGUGUGAGUUCCAGAGCUCUCCAUGCCCCCUUAGAGGCUUUGGGCCAUUUCUGGGCUCUCCUAGCUGGUGUCAGGUUCUUAUGAAAAGGUGCUCCCCUUCCCAUUCUUUCCCCUGUCCCAAAACAAAAGCAGAUUUUUUUCUACUUGCCCCAGGCUCAGUAUCUCAGAAGGAUAACUGUAUGCAGAAGUCCAGCCCAGUCUGGCCCCUGCAGAUCUUAGAGAAAGUGGUGGCUCUUUAAGACAGGGUUUCUCUGUGGCUUUGGAGCCUGUCCUGGAACUCACUCUUGUAGACCAGGCUGGUCUCAAACUUAUGGAGAUCCACCUGCCUCUGCCUCCUGAGUGCUGGGAUUAAAGGCGUGCGCCACCACCGCCCAACUCAAGUGGUGGCUUUUUGAAUUACAUGCUUCUUGGAAGAUUGUGUUUCAGCUUCCUGUGAAUUUGGAAAUACAAAGCUCAGAAUGCCCUCUUGGGUUUCUCUGCCCUACUUGGUUUCAGUUCUCAAAGGGCUGUACCUGCUUUUCUGGCUCCCCUUCCCUCCAUGGAGCUUUUGCCAUUUGUCCAGCCACACUUUUCCCUGGCCUCUCCAAUUUCACCUGUUAAGGUAAUCAAGUUUAACGUCAAAUUUCCCUUCUUGCUACCCAGUUCUCAGACAACAGAGAGUUGCAAACCAAGAUUAAACCUGAAAGUGAGCAAACAUUGAGACUUCUGACUUCUGGUGGGGGUGGAGGGCUCAGGCUGUUUGUCACCUAAAACACAAAGAUACAGCUGUCCGCACAGGCAGGCGGUGACAGGAUCUGACAGGGUUCUUCUGUGGCAUCUUCACCCCUGCUUGAGAACUGAGCACCAGGCAGUGGACGGUGAAGAGCUUCCUAGGAGAGGAGAUGGGCUGACCAUGCCUCUAGCUCAUGUUUCACCUUUUCCCAACCCAAAACUGACAUGAGAACCUCAGAGCAUGGAGUCCUUCGCUAGAGCAGGUCCCAGAUCACCUAGCAGCGCAGUGGGUGGCAGCGGGCGGGCUUUACUGCCAGCACACAGGUCAGUCCUUGCAGGAAGGCGGAAUGCACAGUGAGAGCUGUGCCAGAUCUCGGGCCUCUAACCUGUUUUUGCUUUUCAUUUUUGUUUUUUGUUUUUGAACAAAAAGUACAAUUAACAAGCCUCUUUUGUAAAUGGAUUUCCUUUUUAUGUAUAAAACCCCCGCAGUUCCUUGUUUUUACAUGUUCAUGCUGUGUAAUUUCAAGAUGUUACUGAGAUUCUGAACAUAAUGUGCAUUUUUUUUUUCUGUACAGAUGAAAUGGGAGAAUUUAAUAAAGAGUUUGCAGGUUUGUA